GUAAUCUGGAAAAGGAAAUUCUUUCUCAGGCAUUUCCUUCUUUCGAGGUUGGGAUAUUAGUUUUAAUGCGGGGAUUAUUGUUUCGUAUCCCUAUCUGCGAAGAAGACAGCUGGCUGUCGAUUCCUAACAGGUAUUAAAGAAACUCCAGGGGAAGUUUCAAAUUAGGCCAAGGAAAAUGUUCGAUCCUUUCUACAUGAUGCUGGGUCCAAGUGAUCCAAGAAUGGUCAAAUAUCCUUUGAUGUCAAGUGUCAUGCCGACAGUGUUUUUCUCCACUAUUUUCCUCCUGUUCGUCAAAGUCAUCGGCCCAGCAUGGAUGAAGAACAGGGAGCCAUAUAAUCUACGCCACUUCAUGGUUGUCUACAACAUUUUCCUGGUUGGUCUCAGCGGAUGGAUAACUUCAAACUAUAUGAGGUAUGGCUGGUUGACAACUUAUAGUUGGCGAUGCGAGCCCAUAGAUGUCUCGAACAAUCCUGCUGCUCUGAAAGCAGUUCAGGUUUGCUGGGUGUUUUAUAUUUCAAAGUUAGUCGAAUAUUUAGAUACGAUAAUUUUUGUUCUACGAAAGAAAUAUUCACAGAUAAAUUUUCUUCAUGUGUUUCAUCAUUCCACUGUACCCAUAACCGCAUGGUUAGGAGUCAGUUAUGGCCCAGGUGGCUAUAACACUUUUCUACCAAUGCUGAAUUCAUUUGUCCAUGUGUGGAUGUAUUUGUAUUACGGCUUAUCUGCUGUCGGACCGGAAGUACAGAAGUACUUGUGGUGGAAAAAGUAUUUAACGUCGCUGCAGUUGGUUCAAUUCACUCUUGCGAUCCUGUAUUUCGUCUACUUGUUUCUUUUCGCCCCCAAAAGUUGUAACGUUUCGCCAUUUUUGAUUUGGUUGACUCUGGGGCAAGCCAUCGUCUAUUUUGGACUUUUCUCUCACUUUUAUUUGAAAUCCUACAAGCAACCUUCGAGAAUAUCGAAAUAUAAAAGUGCAAAACCCUUGCAAAAGAAAGAACAAUAAAAAUCAUUUAUUUUAUUUA